AUGGCGUCCCCUAUCGCUCAGAACACUGAGAACAGCCCGUCCAACCUGGACGAAGCGGCUCCUGCCAGCCACGACAGCGAGACAGGUACAGGCCAGUCCGAUCCUGAGCAGCCAACCGAGCCUUCAAGCCUCCCCGAGAAAGACGCCGGUGCUUCACCGGGCCCGCCCCCCAACGGCGGGCUCAUCGCCUGGCUCCAGGUCGUCGCCGGGUUCUUCAUCUUCUUCAACACAUGGGGCAUACUGAGUACUUUCCCUGUAUUCCAGACCUACUAUGAGUCCGGCGAGCUGUUUGAGGCAUCGUCUGCCAACAUCUCUUGGAUCGGUUCCAUCCAAUGCUUCCUUCUCCAGCUCACCGGCCUCAUCUCGGGACCGGUUUACGACCGGGGCUACCUCCGCCUCCUCCUGGCCUCCGGUAGCUUCAUGAUCGUCUUCGGUCUCAUGAUGCUCUCGCUGUGCACAGAGUACUGGCAGGCAUUGCUUUCCCAGGCCCUUUGCGUCGGAAUCGGUGGCGGCCUGCUCUUUGUGCCUACCGUGUCGCUGAUCCCGACCUGGUUCAGCACUCGGAUCGGCCUCGCCGUCGGCAUCGCGUCGUCCGGCUCGUCCCUCGGCGGCGUCAUUUACCCCAUCGUCCUCUCCCGCCUCAUCACGCAGGUCGGCUUCCCGUGGGCCGUACGAGCCAUCGCCUUCAUCACCCUCGCCACAUUCAUCUUGCCCCUGGUCGUCUUCAAGAUCCGCGUGCGCGUCCCCAAGCCGCGGGCCAUGGUGGACUGGUCCGCCUUUACCGACGCGCCCUUCAUCAUCUUCACGCUGGCUCUGCUCAUCAUCUUUAUCGGCCAAACCGUGCUCCUCUUUUACAUCUCCUUCUACCCGGAAAACCGCGAUUUACCGACACGUCGCUGGCCUUCUACAUCGCCGCCAUUUUCAAUGCCGGCUCGACUCUCGGCCGGAUCCUCCCCAACGCCGUGUCUGACCGCAUCGGCGUCUUCAACACCAUGGCGCCGCUCACCAUGCUUCUGGGCGUCGCCUUGUUUUGCCUUCUCGCCCGGCGUCGUCAUCGCUCUGCCGCCCGUCUGCUUCCGCGUGCUUACCGCGAACAAGGCCAUGAUCGGCACCCGCGUCGGACAGGGCUUUGCGAUUGCCGGCUUUGGCCUGUUGCUCGCCGGGCCAAGUGGCGGGACCAUUCUAGGCACGGUCGAGCCAUUGAACUGGACCGGCCUGUGGGUGUAUGCGGGAGUUACGGUCUGCGCCAGUUCUCUGAUCUUGUUUGGCCUCCGGCUUUCAAAGUCUGGGCUAGUCAUAAAAGCCAAGUAUUGACGGAACCCGCAAGCAUACCUAUUUAUACUGUGUACUACUAUGUUGGGGAGUGCGGAUCUUGGAAUUGGGGUAAUCGUUGGUCCUGUCGAGGAGGAGGAUGAAAACCACAAAAAAAAAGAAGAAAAAAAUAAAAGGAAGAAAAGAAAAAGAAGAAAAAGGAAUUGCAGUUUUCUAGCCGCGACUAAGAAAGCCCAUUACGCACAUAUCACGGAAAUACAAAUCCAUAUCCCUCCGAAGAGCUCUCAGCCAUAUCCGUGCCUCCUAAAUUCCCCAGACUCUCCUCGAUAGUUUGGGGAGAAACCACUAGUUAGUCGGGCACAAGUAGUAAAGUAUACUAAUAGUAGAAGCGUGGAACGGACAGA